AUGGCCGAUUUCGUGGUGCUUGUCUCAGAAAUCGACGGCACCUAUUUGCACAAGGAUUGCCUGAAGGACCAAAGUCGGGUUCGCUUGUUCUCCUGCUUGGCCUUCAAUGUGGGAUGGCUACCGGAAGACCCCAAGGCAGGAAAUGACUGUGCAAGUGUGGUGGCUGCCGCCAAUGCCCAGUACGGGAAAAGAGGACGCCCCGCCGAGCACACGGGGUGGUCGGUCAAGGAGCAGCACAUGUACAUGAGAUGGCAGCUCGACUUGUUCAAGAACGGCAGGCUUCGUCGACAAGACAUCGGUGGCUUUGCUUGGAAGUUGCCCGAGAAGGGAAAGCACGGCAAGCCGGCCCCGCUUCCCGACGACGUGGUGGCAUUCUGUCGUGGUGACCCAGACAGCCGCCAGCGGGAG